AUGGGUUUUCUUCUCCAAAACCCAUUGCUAAAUCUUGCUCAUACUUCUGGAAGUCCUCGCAUAACAGCAUUCUCCGGUUACCACCGUAAAUGCAAUGCAUCAGCUCCGCCGAAUCAAGUACCCGUACAAGGCCGGAAAUCAACCUGGAAGCAGUCUACAAAGUCUGACUGGGCUUCUGAAUUUCGAUCCAAGUCCAUCAACUGUGUCCUCUCCGGCACUCUAGCUCUUUCACUCUCUCUUGCUGGAGUUGGAAUUGCUGAGGGGAAGACUGGGGUAAACAAACCUGAAUUACUUCCUUCAGAGUUCACAACAGUUAUUGAUGUUGCCGGGUUCCUCUCAGAUGGCCAGGAGAACAGAAUAGCGAAAGAGAUCGAUGCCCUUGAGAAAGAUACUGGAUUUAAAUUGAGAGUGUUGGCGCAGAACUACCCUGACACUCCUGGAUUGGCUAUUAAAGAUUUCUGGAAAGUGGAUGAUAGAACAAUCGUCUUUGUUGCUGAUCCUACGUUCGGUAACAUAUUGAACUUCAAUGUGGGUGCUUCCGUGGACUUAGAUAUACCUCGUAGCUUUUGGAGCCGAUUAGCUGGGAAAUAUGGAAAUAUGUUCUACUGGAAAGAAAAGGGAGAAGAUGCAUCAAUUGAAGCUGCUGUUAUGGCCAUAGGGACCUGCUUAAGAGAACCAGUUGGUUCAAAUAAUUGCUCAGAGGUGCAAUAG